GUGAUUCAAGCUUUCUAUUUCAAAUGUAAUGAGUUUCUUUCAUUUUCAGGCUGACUACCAGUUCAAAACAAUGCAAGUACAAUGGGGAUUUCCACAACAGGAGAUUAUGGUCUGUGCAAAAUGUUAAAACUCUAUUUAUCAGAAACGUUCUUUUAACCAAAACUUAAUUAUUUCCCUUGUGCAAAUAAUGUAUUCAAUAAACAUCAAUUAUCCAAAUAUUUUUGAUAUUCCCAAAACACUUCAGCCAAAGGGAGUAUUAUGUAUUCUCUACAAAGAAACUGAUUUGGAAGACAGAAAUAUUAUAAAAGCAUACCUGCUGAAAAAUGUUAGAAUUCUGCGAGCCAACAAACCUGGCAAGUUAAAGGACAUGAUCUGUCUACAUACAAACUAACAAAAAUAUUUAAAAUACAUAUAAACCAAUACGAGAACCCAGAGCUGGCUUCAUUACGUCAUCAUUUCCUGACUAUACAGAAGCGUUUCUAUUUUAGUAAGUUGAAGCUGUACAGACAGAAGCAAUCUAAACCUUCUGCAGAUCUGAGGGUACAAAACAAGCAUCACUGAAGUAACUUUAUAGUGCAUAAAGGGAUCAUGUUUUAAGAGGAGAAAAAAAUGAAUAAACACAAUCAAAGUCAAAACAUUAUGCCAGGAAACUUGCACCCAGAAGAGUACAGGAUUGCAUCACUUGUCUUUUAUAGUUUUAUAUUCAUAAUUGGAUUGCUAGUGAACAUCACUGCACUAUGGGUCUUCAGCUGCACCACCAAGAAAAGAACAACUAUAACAGUCUAUAUGAUGAAUGUCGCAUUCCUUGACUUAAUUUUUAUAUUUUCCGUACCUUUUCGGAUAACCUACUAUGGAAAAGAAGCUUGGCCAUUUGGAGAUAUAUUCUGUCGGAUUCUUGGUGCUUUCACUGUGUUUUAUCCAAGCAUUGCUCUGUGGCUGCUUGCUUUUAUAAGUGUCGAUAGAUAUAUGGCCAUUGUCCAGCCCAAACACGUCAAAGAACUUAGGAAUACAAGGAAAGCUCUGCUAGCUUGCAUUGGUAUCUGGAUAAUGACCCUGGCAUCGACGUCCCCUUUGCUAUUUUUAUAUUCGGAUCCAGAUAAAACCUCAAAUUUUACUACCUGCAUGAAGAUGCUUGAUAUCAUCCAUCUAAAGGAAGUCAAUAUGUUAAAUUUUUCUCGUUUGAUUUUUUUUUUCUUGAUUCCCCUGUUUAUCAUGAUUGGAUGCUAUCUAGUGAUUAUUUACCAUUUUGUCCAUGGCAGGACUUCCAAACUGAAACCCAAAGCUAAGGAAAGAUCCAUAAAAAUUAUAGUUACUCUGAUUGUGCAAGUGCUUGUCUGCUUUGUGCCCUUCCACAUCUGUUUUGCCUUCCUGAUGCUGCAAGACGAAGACCAGAGUUACAAUCCAUGGGCAGCCUUUACCACCUUUCUCAUGAAUCUCAGUACAUGCUUAGAUGUUAUUCUGUACUAUAUUGUUUCUAAACAAUUUCAGGCUAGAGUCAUCAGUGUCAUGCUUUAUCGCAACUAUCUUCGAAGCGUGCGCAGGAAGAGUUUUCGAUCUGGGAGUUUAAGGUCACUAAGUAAUAUAAACAGUGAAAUGAUAUAAACAAAAUCAGAAGAUUCUUAUAAUGGGGCCAAGUGACUUUCACUGAAGUUUUGACAUUUCAACUUGGUUGUAUUCAAGAAUGCUCUGGAGUUGGCAAUAUUGGGACACAUUAGAUCUGUGGUAGCAUAAUUGUGGGACAAGUGGAAUACCAAAGACUUAAAAUAUUAAUGUUUCAUCAAUGUGUUUUACAUUUUUCAUAGUAAAUCCAGGAGAACUAAGAUAUUUAUGAUCUACCAUCUGGGUGAAGUAGGCAAAUAAAUAUAUUGUCCGUGAUGUACUGCCUCUCAAUCAAAUGUAAAUAUUUCCCAGUGUAAAAAAGUCAUUGUCCAUGCUAGUGUAUAUACACUUUAAAUAAAGCACAUGCAGAAUUUCAGUGUGACCACUAGUUAACACAUCUGCUUAUAUAUGAUGCAUUAAGAUUUUAUAUUUCCAUGCCAGAUAGUAUAUGAAAUCAAAGUAUCUAUUAUAUUCAUAAGUUCAGCUUUUUCCAGGAGAACAAAAACAUGAACUGAAGCUAAAGUUUAACUGAUAUUUACAUUUGGUUUACAUAAAAUCUCUUUUAUGUAGCAGUA